UGUCGUGAAAGCACAUCGAAGGAGAAAGAAGUGAGCAAGACGCUAAUAAGUCAGUCUUAUUAUUUGUUAUCCAGUUUGAAACAUUUAAGGCGCAUAAAAUAUAUCUUUGAUUCUUUAUUUAAGGAUAAAGUCGUCUCGAUGCGCUAGAAGCACUGUGCCGCUUCUCGUGCUAUCUUUGCUUGUUAGUUAGCUUAGCUCGCUAGUUAGCUUAGCUUGUUAGCUGCUAACAAAGAGACGCGGACGUUAUCAACACAUCGCUAAGUAGAGAUCAAAUGUGAGUGUCAAGUGGUUUGAUUGUUUGAAAAUGUGCCAAAGAGCCAUAGUAAAGUAUGAGGAGGAACUUUGUCCAACAAAAGAGGAGAAGGAGCGACAACAUCAACUACUGGACGCUGUUUUCAAGAAACAUCAAGUUGUGUUACACAGAAGAGACGUCCAGCAGCCCCCUCACAUGAAAGAGGAAGAGGAGGAUCCACAGCCCCCCCACAUUAAAGAGGAAGAGGAGGAAGUGUGGAUCAGCCAGGAGGGAGAGUGUCUUCUAGGACAGGAGGAGGCUAAUGUCAGCAAGUUUCCACUGACUGUUGUCUCUGUGAAGACUGAAGAGCAUGAAGACAAAGCAGCUGAGUCCUCACAGCUUCAUCACAGUCCAAACGUCCAGCAGGUGUCAGCAGAGAGUCAUGAAGAGAUAUCCUCCAAGCAGCAGGAGUGGAGCUCCAGUGUGGGACAGAAGGAGCUACAGGCCCCCUCCCACAUUAAAGAGGAAGAGGAGGAACCGUGGGAGCAGCCUCAAAGGUUGGAGGAGGCUAAUGAUGAAGAUGAAGCUCAGUCCUUACAGCUUCAUCACAGUCAAAGUGAGGAGAACAGAGGGGCGGAGCUUGUAAGUCAACACAUCACAGAAGCUGAUGGAGAGCAUUGUGAAGAUAUAAAGUCAGAACCAGACAGCAUCUUUGCUCCACUGUCAGACAUGGACCACAUGAUGUCAGACUCUUCUGAUCACAGUGACCACAUCCAAAAACCUUUGGAGAGGAAAAAUGACACUAAAGGUGAUACGAGACAUCACACUAACAACAAACACUUUGACUGCUCUCAAUGUGGGAAAUCAUUUAGACACAAGAGUCAUUUUACAAGACACAUGGGAAUACAUACUGGGGAGAAACCUUUUACUUGCUCUGUUUGUAAGAAGAGUUUCACCAGAAAGCUUGACAUUACCAGACACAUGAGAACACACACCGGAGAGAAACCUUUUACUUGCUCUGUUUGUAAGAAGAGUUUUUCCAGAAAGAAAAACAUGAACACACACAUGAGAACACAUACUGGAGAGAAACAUUUUACUUGCUCUGUUUGCAAGAAGAGUUUCUCCAGAAAGCAACACAUGACCAGACACAUGAGAACACACACUGGAGAGAAACCUUUUGCCUGCUCAGCUUGUGCUAAACGAUUCAACACUAAGUAUGAAAUUAUAUCACAUAUGAGAACACACACUGGAGAGAAACCGUUUAGUUGCACUGUGUGUGUUAAGAUGUUCAGGUUUAAGAGUCAGGUCAGUAGACACAAGUGUGUAACAGUCAUGGAAGCUGCAGGGAUUUAAAAACACUUAAACAGUGAUUGUGCUAAAUGUACUUUAAAAACACAGCAUGUUUAAUAUAAAUGUAUAUUUGAUGUUGUAUGUAGUGCUUCUCAUCUUCUACUGUGUAUUAUCAGCAUUGUUACAUCAUGGAUGUUAACUACUGCAAAACAUCAACAAAGAAGAAAAAGGCUGAAGUUGGCAACACAUCACUGAACUUUAGAGCCAUCGUGAGUGGAGUUGCUUGUUUUUAUUGCUGCAUUUGUUCUUAUUUCACCUCACAGCUUCACUUUUAAUCCUAAAGUCUUCUUCAAAUAUAUUGUUGGAGACUUCUAAGAUUGAUGUUUAUGAUGUGUGUGUAGUCUGUGGAAAGGGUUGUUGUCCCUUGUGGAUCCAAUUGUUCACUUGCACAGAUACAUCACUAUCAUCAUUAUCAUAAUCAAAAUACAGCUUGGCGCAGUUGGGGGAGUGGCCGGGUCAGCAACCCGAGGGUCCCUGGUUCAAUCCCCACCUAGAACCAACCUCAUCACGUCAGUUGUGUCCUUGAGCAAGACACUUCACUCUUGCUCCUGAUGGGUGCUGGUUAGCGCCUUGCAUGGCAGCUCCCUCCAUCAGUGUGUGAAUGUGUGUGUGAAUGUGGAAGUAGUGUCAAAGCGCUUUGAGUACCUUGAAGGUGGAAAAGAGCUAUACAAGUACAACCCACUUGACUACAAGAGGCACUCUUGUAGUACUCCAACUUGCCACACUGAGAAGUGGGGGCGAUGAUGAGCUAGCAGAUGCAUGUUGCUAACAUGUUUUAUCAGCGAGGAAGACAGCAUUUGUGUGUAGUUUUUUUUUGUCAGAUCCAAGUUUUAUUGCUCAGCUGAAUAAAUGAAUCACUAUGGCGACCAAUAUGGAGGAUUAUUUAUAUAUUUAAGAACGAAUAAUUUCCUUAACAGGUAGCAAAAUGACAGCACAAAAAGUGAACUAGCAGCAGGACCAAGUCAAUAUUUUAUUAAUUUACUGAUUAAUUAACAAUAAAGAAAAACAUAACAAUGGAUAUUUCACAAGAGUUCACCAAAAACUGUAAAUUGGGAAUGAUACAUAAAAUCCUUGAGUGAUUUUUAAGAUGCAGAAGAACGAGGUGGCACCGCGCAGUAAAAAAAAGGGAUAUUUAUUGGUAAAAGAACAAAAACCCAGUGCAACUUUUCUAUGAAGAAAACAAAACUGCUGAAAUCCAGCAAAACACUCACAGUAAAACAGCAACAAAAAAAAACACUAACCAAAGUAAUAAUAAUAACAAUAAUAAAGAUAAUAAUAACAAAAUGAAAUAAUAUGAACAGUUAGUAAAUAAAUAAAUAGAAAAAAAACUAUGCACAUAUAGGGAGUCAUCAUUUAAAAAAAAAAAAACAGUUUAAUCACGAAUCAGAAAAAAUCAAAUCAAGGC